UAAAGCAAGACUGCUUGUACACGCCUAGUUUGAGUGAAUACCAUUACAAGGCCCUGGACUGAAACAAGUUGAGUUAUGCUGAUAUGAUGAAGAGAGUUGAUCCGUUACGUAAAGAAUUGAAAGAUUUGGAAACCAAAGCUGAGGACACUCGUCAAAAAGGAGAAGAAAUAACAAAAAUAAUAGCAGAACUUGAAGCCUCUAUAGCAAAUGUUUUUAGAGCUAGUGAUGAUGAUGAUACUCCCCCACCAGUACCAGCCUAUAAUCCUAAUGGAGUACAAGAAUACUCUAAACUGAAGAGAGAGGGAGAGAAUAAGGGUCAACAGGGUCUGUCUACUGGUGCUACUGGACUAUAUUCAACCAUUAAUAAAAACACCAACAACCAGGUGUUAGUUGAUGAAUCAGCUCAUAAGCCAGUGUAUGCUGAUCUGGCUAUUGCUGCUAAAGGGAAGAGACCACAGGCAGCACCAACACAAGAACAACCAGUGGUAUAUGCAUCAGUUAACAACAAAUCUGUUCCUCCUCCCAUUCCUCCUCCAGCUGCUCCUCAUAAAGUAUUGUAUGCUGAUCUAUCAAUAGCAGCUGGUAAGAGAACACCAAAGAAUAAACCACCCACUGAGGAAAGAGUAGUCUAUGCAGCAGUCAAUGGAAUUAGGAAGUCCACUACUCAAGAGCUGAUCAUGGAUAGGUUAGGUGGUCUGGAUAUUCCUCCUCCAAUACCACCAAAACCAAAACCUUGAAACCAA